AUAGCACGUUGUGCGAUAACGCAAGGGGAUUGAGGAUAACAGGCAGAGAGAAAGGGAGGGAGCCAAAACAAAACAAUGGCUGCUACACUGUCGAUAGUAUCGGCAUCACCGCCAUGGACUGCAAGCAAAACCAUUCAAUCUCGCUUUCCAUCAGCUUCGCUCACGCUUUUCUCCGGAAGUAGAAGCAGUGUGUCGGUGAAUCUCGCAACCAACAACCACUUCACUCGCCCUGGGCUGCUCCACUGCUCAUUCAUUUCCCCGUCUCUCUCUUUCGCUUCCUCGUUUUCAGGAUCAUCUUUGGGGUUGGAUGUGAAUUCUAUGGUUGGGGUAAGAAAGGAAAAAGGACGUGGUGGCCUAGUGGUAAGAGCUGGGAAGGCUGCUCUGUGUCUCACAAAGAGGAGCAGGUCCAGAAAGUCUCUUGCGCGAACUCAUGGCUUCCGCAGACGCAUGAGAACCACUAGUGGAAGAGCAAUGUUGAAGCGUCGCCGUGCUAAAGGCCGAUGGGUCCUCUGCACCAAGUCCCAUCCAAACAGUGGCAAACAUUAUUAGCUUUUACUUGUAUAAUCCAGAUUCAGUAGGUGCAUGAUGCAGAACACAAUUGUGCCUGUUAAUUGUUUUUAUGGGGCAUUGCUUUGAUUCCUAGCUCAUUUCCUGUGAUUCCAUACGGUUCAGCUCAAAAUAUUUUGUUUCUUAAAUUUAUGUUUACUUUGUGACUUCACUAAGCUCCCAAAAUUGUGUAAAGUCACAUUGUUGGUUCACUUUGUUUUGUGAGUAA